CUGGUGUUGGGCCAUGGCAAUCCUUAUUGCUCACCCACCUUUUAUUCUUUUCUCAAGCCUUUCUUCUCCGUUACUUCUACUAAUACUAUUGUCAUCGGCUUUUUGCUCCGAGAUCUUGAGUGCCCAUUUUCUAAAACUGUCUGUUGGACCCAUUGGAGGAGCCGUUCUCUGGGGCAUGUUAAAUCGGACACAGAUUCUUAAUCGCAGAGAUGGGUUCUGGAGAUUGGUUUAAGACUAUAGUCCGCCUAAAGAAACCGAAAGAUGGCAGGUCAAAAAAAGCGAAGGGCUCCUCAGUUUCUGCAAAAUCAAAGAAUCAUCUGCGGAAACAGUCUCUUGGCAAGCCAACUGAGGAUAUUGCUGCAACACGUAUUCAGACUGCAUUCAGGGCUUACAUGGCUAGGAGAACUUUACGUCGUCUGAAAGGGGCAGUAAGACUACAGGUCCUGACCCAAGCAUAUUCUGUUAAGAGGCAAGCUACAACAACGUUAAGCCAUCUUCACACUUGGAGCAACAUACAGUCCCAUAUAAGAGCUCGUAGACUCUGCAUGGUGACAGAAGGCCGACUUAGACAAAAGAAACUAGAGAAUCAGAUAAAACUUGAGGCUAAGCUUCAUGACCUGGAGGUAGAAUGGUGCGGUGGCCCUGAAACGAUGGAGAUAGUUCUUGCAAGGAUACAUCAGAAAGAAGACGCAGCAGUUAAGCGGGAGCGUGCUAUGGCAUAUGCCUUUUCUCAUCAGUGGAGGGCUAACUCCAGUCAGAAUCAUGGGCUGGGUAAUUAUGAACUUGGUAGAACUAAUUGGGGUUGGAGCUGGUUGGAACGGUGGAUUGCUGCUCGCCCAUGGGAAAGCCGUGUCCCUUCCAAGUCUAUUACCCCAAAGAAAGCCCAGAGUAGGCAGCCUAGCAAGGUUGGUAAAAAUGUAAAUUCUCCGACACCGAAAAAAGAUGUUUCAGUCAAACCUCCUGUAACCAAUGGGAAGGGAACCACAAAGGCCCGUAGAUUGUCUUACCCUGUUGUUGAAAAAUCAGCUGCGCAUGAAGGGAGCAUUAAAACUGAAGAGGCAAACAAUAAGAAAGAACAGUUGGUUUCUUAGUACCAAACCAAUAAUAUGGAAUAGAAAUUGUUCUAUUGGAUUUUCUGAGUAGUUGAAAUGCUGAAAUGUGAGGGAAAGCAAAUUUGUUAUUUAUGUUUCUCGUGUCUGAUUUUGUGCCUAGGGGAGUGGCUUGGAAGAAAAUCUUGUUUUGUCUGCGGUAAUAGAAUAAUUGGAAUGACCUGGAUAUGGAACUGACCUAGUCAUUGUUUCCUCGUCCUUAUAUUUGUUUUUCCUUUGCCCAUGAUGUAUAUAAUGAAAGGAAGACAAUAUAUAUAUUAUUUCAUUUAGAAUGUAGAUAUUUGUUGGCGAUGUUUCAAAGAAUGUUUGCCAAGGCUGUUAUUGCGCCUAAUGUUUGCUAUC